CGACAGACGAAUUUUACAACCAAUCAGUUGGUUAUUUUAUUAAUGUUAUAUUUCUUCCCUCCACUUCUGUCUUCAUAUACCGAUGUCGAGCAAUAAGAGAAAGCGAGCACCUGCUAAGAAACCAGUGAAACGAGGUAAAAAACAACAAGAUGACAGUGAUAUGGAAUCAGAUUUAAGUAACGAUAGUGAUGUCGAAACCGGUGGUGGACAUCAAGCUGAUGAAGUUUUAAUUCCUGGUCAUGAUCUCGAGGAACCCACAAAAUUACCGGAAGAAUUGUUAAAAACGAUGAUAAAACCUGCAGGUCAAUUACUUAUCUGCGGUCUAGUUAGUUGGGAAUUAACUGGUAAAUUAAAUGCGAAAAAAGGACCGGCUAGAGUUCAACCAAAUCUGUACAUUCCACAUCGUUUUACUGAUUUACGAAUACGUUAUGCCGUUUCGGGUUGUAAUGCGGCACAUACGGUUGUUGUUACCGAAGAAGGUAAAGCAAUGACAUUCGGACGGAACCAGAUGGGACAAUUAGGUCAUAAUGAUACAAAAACUCGUGAUGUACCAACUGAAGUGGCUGAAUUGGUUGAACAUAAUAUUAUUGGAGCCGCUUGUGGACGAAAUCAUACAUUAUUUUUGACUGAUACUGGCACCGUGUACGCUUGUGGUGAUAAUAAAUCUGGACAAUGUGGAAUUGGUACAGUUACACCAAGUGUUUUAAAACCUACACGUAUUAAUUAUCGUGGAGCACCAAUCAUUAAAGUUGGUUGUGGUGCAGAAUUUUCAGUUAUUCUAGAUUGUAAAGGUGGUCUUCAUACAUUUGGUUUACCCGAGUAUGGUCAACUUGGUCAUAAUACUGAUGGAAAAUUUUUCCAAACAUCAACCAAACUCGGUUUCCAUUAUGAACCAAGUCCAAAGCGUGUUGUUCUCUAUAUAGAAAAAACUAAAGAUGGUCAUGUUACACCUGUGGACGUUACAGAAAUUGUUGAUUUUGCGUGUGGUACAAAUCAUACGGUAGCAAUUGAUUCGAAAAAACGUGUAUUUUCAUGGGGAUUUGGUGGUUUUGGACGUUUAGGGCAUGCUGAACCAAAAGAUGAAUUCGUACCACGACUUAUUAAAUAUUUUGAUUCACAAAAUCGUGGUGUUCGUAGUGUGUAUUGUGGCUCUACUUUCAGUUUGGCUAUAUCUGAUUUUGGCAGUUUAUUCAUGUUUGGACAAACCAAACGUACCGGUGAAGCUAAUAUGUAUCCAAAACCUGUACAAGACUUAGCUGGAUGGGAUAUUAAACAUAUUGGGGUUGGUAAUACAAGUAUCAUGAUUGCAGCUGAUAAUAGCGUUAUUGCAUGGGGUUGUUCGCCCACUUAUGGAGAAUUGGCGCUUGGCGAAGUUACAAAAUCAUCAACUGUACCAAAAGAAGUGAAUCGUUUUGAAGGUGUACAAGUAUUAUCGAUUAGUUUGGGUUAUUCACACAGUUUGUUCAUUGUAAAUGAUAAUACUCCUGAAUUAGCUGCAAAAUUAGAAAAAUUCCCAUUAUUCGAACCAUAAACUAAAUAAUUCCAAUAUUACACAAUCAAGCAAUCAAUCCUUUUGCGCAUAAUAAUAUUUAUCCUUGUUUAGUAUACUCAGGAUACGUAAUAAUAAUCAAUCCCAUUUAUUUAGAUUUGAUCAAUUAUUGGUGAUAUGAAUUUUGAGGUAUUCUUCAUUCAUAAACCUCACCAAAAAUAAUUUAACAGGAAUUAGCCAGUUCCCUCCGAUAAUUACGAUGUCAUUCGUAUAAUAAUAAUCUUCGAACCCUGCCAAUAAAAUAAACUAUCUAUUAGUGAACAUAUAAAUAUUAAACACGAGAAAAUAUUGUUUUAAAGUUGCAUUUUUUUGGUUAUUAUUUUGAAAAAUAAAACGAAUCUUUGAAUAUAAAUUGACUGAUAAGCCGUCAUAUAGGAAAUUAGGAGAUAUCGAAAAAUUUUAAUCAUAUUUUUCGACUACAUUCUUGAAGUUAAAACAAAAUUCGUCAUCAAAGUUAGGUACAAAUACUUUUAAUCCUAAAUCUAAGCCUUGGGCCUUGAGCCUUGGUGCUCGUACUACUUUAAGGGAAUAUUACAUGCAAUAUCAGUCGAUCAAUAUCAGGGCCGUAUUAACCAUAUUGGGCAAUCGGCUGGAAGAUAGUUUGCACCCCUCGAGUAAAGACGGUCCUGGAUUUAGAUUUUGAAAAUGUCUAGGA